GUCAAAGUUAGUCAUCCUAAUGAAUCUCUUACGCAAGUUAUGAAAGAUGCCGGUGUACUGUGGAGAGAAAUGACAGAAAGUGACAAACAGAUAUAUCGAGACCGGCAAAACGCAGCGAGGGAACGUUACAAAAAUGAAAUGCAGCAGUACAAGGGAAAACGAACUCUUACGUUUCAAGAUAAGCCCAAAAAAUCUAACAAAAAAGCAACUGUCGUUGAUUUCUCUGGUCGACCCUUAUUUAAAGACUUUGACAAUUCUUCAGGCGAAGAGACGUCUUACAUGGACAUUGAGCUGGAAAAAAAAUCCAAUAAAAAGGUUGUAGUUGGAUCAUCCCGUAAUUCCGUUCGUUUUACUCCAAAAAAAGAAGUCGUUAGGGAAGAACCAAUUAUCUUACAUCAUGGACAACGAAUGAUUUCUCAGUUAAAGAAUAUCAAGAAAUCGGAUUCCACCGAACCAAAUCUUGUGGAAGGAUCAGAAAAACGC